UUAAAUCAUUUGAUUAAUUGAAUUAAACCAGACAUUUAGAGUCUGACUAUCUGCGUGUGAGUGCACUCCACAUCUUUGGCUUUAAAUGAACGUGACGCGCAGAUUAUUGAUGUUUUUUCUUGCACAUGGACUCCGACAUACUGUUAGAUAUUGUUAUCAUUAUCCCACAGCUACCUAUUGGCAUAAUACACUUGAUGGUGAUGAACUUAAAUGCGCACCUUUGCGGCUGUAUAUCAGCGGAUCGAGUAAACUGACCAAAGCAACGAAUAUUUUAAAUUCCGCGUAGAAUUAAAGGACAGAUGACGUGAGACAUACAAACUAUUUUUGAAGCAUUAGCAGCAACUUUGAAACUAUUUUUUCGCUCAUAACAACUAAGAAAAUGAUCUAUCCAACACGGUUCAUGCGUAUUUACGCGCACAGAGGCGCACACCGGGCAGGCUAACUGUUCGCCUUUGAGCUGAGGAUAGUAAGCGAUCAUCAGGCUGAUAGAUGAGCUAUACACACCCAGCCACACACCCCACCUCCGGUACGUGGUUCUCUCAGAGUGCCUCAGGACGUGUCACUCAGUGCUGCAGGUAGCAUAUUUGCGGCCUUGGGCAAGCUUCCCCUGCGCCCCCCCCCCCAAAAAAAAAAAAAAUUAGUAUUAAACAACUUAGCUAUGAAACAAUAUUAAACUGACUAAAUUCAUGUUAUUGCACGCAAGCAGUACAAAUAUUGCACUGUUAAAUAUAGGCUACUGCAGCGUCCCUAAACAGAGAGGCUACGAGGAAUGAACUCAUUUUGCAGGCUUUUUAUUCCUUUACUUUAAAACAUGCCACAGCCAACACCAAAACAACAAACCUGUAUGCUUUACAAUUUGUUCUCUGGUUUAUCCGCUACUUUAAGAACUCCUGCUCCUCGGCUUACACACAGGUGCAAACUACUGAUGGGCUUCAGGGUGGCAGUAGCUCAGUCUAUAGGGACAUGGGUUGGGAACCAGAGGGUUACCUGUUCAGGUCUCCAUCCUGAUCAAAUAUGGAGCAUGGACUGGUAGCUGGAGAGGUGCCAGUUCACUUCCUUGAGCAAGGCACCGAUUCCCCCUCCCUCCAACCGCUCACUCUGACAUCUCUUCACUUAGUGCAUGUAUAGGUCCUGUUUGAGAGAAAAAAUUGAAUUUCCCCACACAACUUUGCUGGAAGUGAACGGAAAACUCAGUCACUGACAUAACAGACCUUUUUACUGUUGGUGAGCAUAACAAAUUCUUAACAGUGACAGAAUCCACAGUUAAAAUCAAGUCACCCAGUCCGUUACAAGAUACUGAUGUUGCACCUGAGUGUUGAUUGUCAGUUCUGGUAUGUGUGGUCUGCUGGGAACAGUGUUGGUUGAAAAGUCUGACAGCAGGAUGAAGGAAGCACCUGUGGUAUCUCCCCUUCACACACAGCCUGCAGGUGGAGCAGCCUGUCACUGCUGAAUAGAGGGGGCAUCCCAUCCUGUUAACUCUCUUCCUGUCAGCUGUUCAAAUGCUACUGCCCCAGCAGACCACUCUGUAAAGGAUUGCUGAUGUCACCACAGAGUCAAAAAUGGUCCUAGGAGUGUGCCUGCCUUCCAAAACACCUGAGUCUCCUCAACAGAUAGAGUCUCCUCUGUCCUCUCUGAAGGCCCAGACACAACAAACUGACAUCAAAGACAUAGAAGAGGCAAAGGCCAACUGUUACAUUGCCUCAUUUUGCCUGUGUUGUGGCUAAAAAGUUGCACCUAAACACACCGCAAAGACUUCAGCUAACAGCCAACUAGCAUGUACGUUCUGCUCCUAUGUGAGAGGAAAUGUCUCCGUAGCAUCAGGAGGCAGCAGACAGUAUUUGUCAUUUAAAAAAAGAAGCAGAAAGACCGACAGGAUGGAUUCAAGACACCACUUAAAGAUGUUAAAAGAACAAAGGAUAUUUACCGUGAGCUGGUGAAAAAUAACUCAAUUACAAACGGUUUCUGCUAAAGACUUCAGUGGAUAAAAAUGUUAUCGUACCCAAUAUAUCAACUUUGUUUUUAACUUUAGCUGUUCAUUUGCUUUCCUCACUUCUGUUUCUCUUCCCAUGCACUGAGAUGAACUGUGAAUCAGAGUGAUUUCAUUCACUGUCGGGCUUUGUCAGCUCCAACAUUGAUUUAAUAUGCUGAAUCAGCUAACAUGGGCUGACAAGGGCUGACUGCUGCCAACGGUGUGGAACCCAACACCAAAACUAGGGCUACAGACGCUGGCCUGUCACUGAACAAUGACCAACAAUCGGCUUGAUGUGUCAGCGCCCUUAUUCAGUGGAUUUGUGUUCUCUGCCUAGUCCUGUUUCAGGCAACUUUGUGAGAGCGUGUGUCAUCAGAAGAUGCCUUUCUUUCACUCCUGGUUCCGGUUCCUGCUGCUGUUUUGCCUGGUCUUUGUCUUGUGCUACUCUCAGUCCAGCAGCUCUCGAUCAUGGUGGGAGAACUUUCCACUCCAUAUGCACUACCAGAGGUUUCUCAAUCGAACCAAUCAAGUCAAUCUACCUCCUGCUUAUCGUGUCCAUCCAAAACACAGAAUUAAACCAACUGAAAUCUAUGAAACCACAGCAAGCACUACUGUACUACCUACUGUGCCUCCAACAGGUACUCAGUUCCAUCACGCCUACCCACGCAACUACCACUUUAAUAUGGAUAACCCAGAUGUGUGCAAGACCAAGACCCCUUUCCUGGUCUUGAUGGUUCCAGUGGCACCCAAAAACGUGGCAGCACGGGACGCCAUCCGGCAGACAUGGGGCAAAGAGAGCCUGGUGCAGGGCGAGGCGGUGCUUACUCUGUUCAUGCUGGGCCUCUCAGGAGGAGCUGAUGUGGAGCAGGUGCAGGAGAAGCUCAAACAGGAGAAUCUACAGCACCACGACUUGAUCCAGAGCAACUUUAUGGACACUUACCUCAAUCUGACCACCAAAACCAUGGUGAUCAUGGACUGGCUGGCCACACGCUGCCCUACAGCAGCAUACGCCAUGAAGAUUGACUCUGAUAUGUUCCUUAAUAUUGACAAUUUGGUAAUGAUGCUGCAGAAGCCAGGCAUCCCCAAGCUGAACUACCUGACUGGGAUGCUUAUGUGGAACAGGCCAGUUGUCCGUUCAAAAAACUCUAAGUGGUACGUCCCCGAGGAGAUGUACCCAGAACCUCAAUAUCCAACCUACACUCUGGGCAUGGGAUACAUCUUCUCCAACGAUCUUCCUGAAAAAUUUGUGGAGGCCUCAAAAUCAGUGAAACCAUUUAACAUAGAGGACGCUUACAUUGGAAUGUGCAUGAAACAGCUAGGUCUUGCACCCACAUCACCACCAAAUCCCUCCCAGUUCAAGGCCUAUAACACAAGAUAUAAUCGCUGCGAAUUCUCCAAGGUCAUCACCUACAUUCUUGGGUCUUCACAAGAGCUAUUGAAAUACUGGACAGAUUUGAAGAAGCCUGAACCACUGUGUUAGGACAAAGACUAUUCCUGAUGUACUGAUAAAAUCACCUGGGUUGAAGGGAUUGGGUGCCAAGGAAUGGACGGGUUAAUUUAUUUAUAGAUUUCUAUUGUACUGUUGUGAGCAAUUGGAACACCACUGUGGAAAAGUUGCAAAGGUUUAUGAACUGCAUUACAGACACUGGACUGGUGUGUAUUUAAAACUAUUUUGUUGGCUUGCCAACAAUAAAAUAUGUGAAGGUAAAGUUUAUUUUACAACACCACUAGCUGUUGAUCACUAAAGGUGUUGCAGAGCAAUGUUUUGAUAAGCAGGUCAUGUAUAGUUUGUAUACCAUUUGUACCUGUAUAUUUACAAAAGCACACACACACGCCUCAAGCACGGCACAUUUGUGCAAACAGCAGGGAUUAGUAAAAUCACUUGGAUCUAAUGGAACAAACGCAGCUUUUCCAAAAAAAACGUCUAUGCAACUAUUAAGAGGUACGAAAAGCUGUCAGAAUGUUUCCUAUACAUUCAGGCGAAUUUGGGAAAGGAUUUUGAACUCAGUUGUGAACACUCCUCAGGGUAUUUUUUUUAAGUGACAAAUCAAGCAAACCAUUCACCACUGUCAGAAAGGUGUACAAGUUAUUUCAUUGUUUACAUUGCAGAUUCAUAUAAGUUUUAGAAGAAGCCAAACUACUAAAAAAAAAAUAAUAAUAAUUUGUGCAAUAUGUCACAAAAUCCUUUAGUAAAGACGCUGUACUUUUUACUACAUUGUCGUUGAGUUUUUAUUCUUUUUUCUCCCCAGAAUUAAGUCUUCUCUUGUAUUCUGGUGGGUAUAAGAAGGGGUUGCGAGAGGUUUCAUGAACUUGAAUAUUAUUAUGCAGCAGGUCCUGAUAAAGCCUGGUAAGACCAUCCUGAUGACGUCAGCUCAACAUUCUGUUUCGCUCUCUGUAUCAGUCUGGACUCGGUGCUGCCCCAACCUUUUUCCAGAAAUUUAAAUCCAAUCAGGGCAACACAUUCUCACUCCAAACUCAUACAAACAUAUCGACAUAUAGUCAUGGAUAUUCCAUGUUGAUGUGCAAGGUAACCUGUGCCUCAUAAGACUACUCCAGUUAGUUUGGCACUUUUUUCACCCAUUAAAUUAUGCUACUUUGACAGACAUAGUUAGAAACCUUAGGUCCACUACCUGCUGCCUUGACACUCUGCCUACAACCUUUUUUAAAGAUGUUUUAACUGCAUAGCAUCAGAUAUACUACAGAUAGUCAACUGUUCUCUUCAUUUAGGCCUUUUUCCAACGGCCCUGAAGACCGCAGUCAUUAAACCUCUCUUUAAAAAGCCUAAUCUGGAUGCCUCAGUAAUAAAUAACUACAGGCCCAUAUCAAACCUACCAUUUUUAGGAAAGAUCAUUGAAAAGGUUGUUUUUCAGCAACUCAACACCUUCUUGGAGCAAAACAAUUCCUUUGAUGCCUUUCAGUCUGGAUUUCGAGCACAUCACAGCACUGAGACUGCACUUGUAAAAGUUUUAAAUGACAUUCAUCUGAGCAGUGAUGCAUCAAAUAUUUAGGUUCUGGUAUUACUGGACCUCAGUGCUGCAUUCGACACAGUUGACCAUAAGAUACUGCUCGACAGACUAGAAAAGUUUGUGGGACUUUCUGGCACUGUGCUAAAUUGGUUUAAAUCUUAUUUACAAGACAGGGAUUUCUUUGUGUCACUUGGCAAUUAUGAAUCUGUGCGAACA